AUGGAGACUCAGAACUGGCUCUUCUUCGCGGCGGUCUGCCUCCUGUCCAUUUCCUCGGCGUCCGCCGCCGGCGGCAGCUUCAACAUCACCGAGACGCUCGCCAAGUACUCCGACUACAACCAAUUCAACCAGCUCCUCUCCCAAACCGGCCUCGCCGAUGAUAUCAACAACCUCGGCACGGCCACCGUCCUCGUCGUCAACGACGGCGGCGCCGGCUCCAUUUCCGGCCAGUCGAAGCAGGUGAUCAAGAACACCCUGAUGCUGAACGUAAUCAUGGACUACCUCGACAGCAACAAGAUCAAGAGCUGGAAGAGGCGCUCGGUGACGUUCACGACCAUGUACCAGAGGACCGGCGAGGCCAGCGGCGACCAGGGCCAGAUCAACAUCACCAAGUCCGACAACAACCAGGUCCAGUUCGGCAACGGCGGGGCAGACGCGCAGCUCACCGCCACGAUGCAGAAGGUGGUGACGGCGGUGUCGCCGCUCUCCGUCAUCGAGAUCAGCAACCUGAUCCAGCCUCAGUGGAUUUACAACAAGAAGGCUUCGUCGCCAAAGAAGGCUCCGUCGCCGAGCCCAUCCGACGCGCCGGCGCCGUCCAGGAGGCACAGGAAGGAGGCUCCUCAGUCGGCCGAGUCACCGGAAGCUGACUCCCCUCCACAGCCUGACGCCGAUGCUGAAUCCUCCGAUACACCGGCUGCGGCGCCUGGAGGCGCUCAUUCUGCCGCUUCUUCUCCCUCCGCCCCUGCGGCUGCCUGCGCCGUGCUUCUCGGAUUGAUGGCCUUUGCUACGGGUUUCUGA